AUGCCAACAUUUGGUCCUUUUUUCGGAAUGCAAGGAGAUGCUGUAUACGAAGCGCGUGUUAAAGGAGAUAUUGUGUCUAUGAUGCAAGCUGGUGGCUGUGUAGGAAGCAUUCUAAUUAACCUUGCUGCAGAUCCUUUUGGUCGACGUACGGCUAUUAUUGUGUGUGCAGCCGUUUUUAUCAUCGGAAGUGUUGUGCAAGUAGUUUCUCCUAAUGUCGCUGCAAUGAUGGCAGGACGAUUUGUUGGUGGUAUGGGCGUCGGGGCCUGUGCAAACGUCGUUCCUGUAUAUAUUGCUGAAAUUUCUGAUAAGAACAGCCGUGGUAGAAUGGCCAAUUUGUGGCAAUUUAUGCUUGUCAUUGGCAUCAUGCUUUCAUAUUGGGUUGAUUAUGCAUGCUUGCGCCACUUACCCGUUGGCCACAUACAAUGGAAGACGCCACUCGGAAUACAAAUCAUACCGGGUGGAAUUAUGUUUAUUGGCAUGUUUUUCCUUCCUGAAUCCUUACGUUGGCUGGGAAGCAAAGGCAAAGUUGACGAAAUGAGAAAAACGCUCAGUCGACUCCGUGUAUUGCCCGAAACUCAUGAGAAGGUGUCAGAAGAGAUAGAAGAAAUUCUGGCUUCGAUCGAAGAUGAAAAAGAGGGGAAAGCAACGCGAUGGGCUGAAAUGCGCAAGCCUUCUAAUGUUCGCAGGCUGAUCAUUGGUAUUAUCAUCGGUAUAUGCCAGCAAUGGACCGGUACAAAUGCUAUAAACUACUACGCCCCUGAAAUGGUACGUCAGCUCGGCGUAACUGGUGACUCCGUAGACAUUCUCGCCACUGGUAUCUAUGGUGCGGUCAAGGUCGUGUUUGUGUUUGUGUUCUUUUUUAUGGUGGACCAUCCUUUCUUUGGUCGAAGAAACUCGCUUAUCAUUGGAUCAGUCAUCAUGUUUAUUUCAUUCUACAUCUUGGGUGCACUUCUUAUGUACAUUGAAAAGGAACAAGCCGUAGCCGCAGCCGCAGGCAUAACGUCUUCAGUAAGCGGUAAAGGCUAUGCUGCUAUGGUCAUGUUGUUCCUUUUUGCUAUUGGUUACGAAAUUUCUUGGGGUCCUCUGAUGUACGUGAUUUGCGCUGAAAUUUUUCCAACACGCAUUCGAGCCAUCUGCAUGUCGAUCACAAUGGCUAUAUAUUUGGCUAUGAAUGCUGUAAUUGCCAAAGUGACACCCUUGAUGAUCACACAGUUGACCUAUGGCACCUACUUUUUCUUUGGUAGUACGGUACUGGCAAUGACAAUGUUUACGUGGCUUUAUGUCCCAGAAACUCGUGGAAGAUCAUUGGAAGAUAUGGAGCCGAUCUUUAGCGGGCCAUUGAUCGUCCUACGUAACAAAGAAGCUACACGAAGAGUACAUCUCGACUCAGGGAAAAAGAACCCGGCAAGAGACCCAUCGGAUACUACCAGCAGUAGUAAUGGUGAAGAUGAUAAGUUAGAGAAAGUAGUUGAACUGAAAGAGAAUGUAACUGGAGAAAGGCACGCGGCAGCAAUAUGA